AUGACAAGGGUUUUGCGGUUGAGUUUGACGGCGACGAGGCAAACAUCAGCUGGCGUCAACUCCUUUCUGCGAAAUUCGAAUAUCCUCAUCUGUUCGAUGCCUCAGCCUUUGCCAUUCGUCCCUCCUCUAGUGAUCCAAGGCGACCCCACUGGCAUGGGUGCUUAUGAGAUCUGCCUCAGGAUCGAAGGCAAUCUUCAGUGUGCCUCCAACGAUGGGAAGCAGAUCAACAACGACCUAGUCUACGUCAGGGUCCUAGGUUACCUCCUACACCACUCACCUUCGGAUCAAGGAUUAUCAAGAGUCAUAUCGGAGAUCACCUCGAUGGGUGACGAUGAUGCUGCUGUUUUGCAGGUCGGGAAAAUGUAUUAUGACGGUCUUGUCCUGGCCUUAGGAUGUACCAAAAACAAACCAAAGGGAUAUGUUUGUGCCACUGGGUCCGUCGAAGUUCGAAACUGUUGGGGAUAUGAUCAAAGCCUCCUUAAAUGA